AUGGAUCAGUUGACAUUGAAACCGCGCAAUGCGGUGGUGGACGAGCCCAUAGAGAAUUGGGAUGAUGAUGACUUGGAGAUCGGAGGAGACGACUUUACCUUUCGGAGCGCGUCGCUGGCAACCACAUCCGCGUCACAGCAUCGAGAUUCGGUUUCGUCCCGUCUGUCGAUUCGAUCCGACUUCGACUCAAACCACGGAGACGAGGAGAAGCAGGUUCAUCUCCCCGGAGACGACGAGAAAUCUACGGUUGAUGCGAUAGAGACAGCUACGAGAGCUGGGAUACCUAUACCAGCCAAUGUCCCACCUUCGGCAUUGAUGGGUGGUACAAUAAAGAGACUCGGAGGAAGAAAAAUCAAGAAGAUCAUCCAAGACGAUUGGGAUGACGGAGACUUGCAAUUGCCUGGCGAAGGAGGAUUGAAGAUCAAACGACAGGACAGUUCGAAUUUCCCAGAUAUGUUGCGACAAGUCAGUGGACCAGGUUCAACUCAGGCAAGUCCAGUGAAGAGUCCCGUGAAGCCGCUGCAAGCUGCACCGAAAUUCAACAUUAGUCCACGGCCAGAACUGAGGCCGAAGCCUGCAUCCUCGAAUCUCCUCGACCGAUUCAGAAAUGAGGAUGAUGAAGAAGAUUUCUUUGGAGAUGGUGGUGCUACAAUCAAAGUUUCUAAGAGCCGGCAGGCGCCAAAACUUCUCCCUCUUAUCACACCUCCCACGCCACAGAAAGGAGACAAGUCAUCAGAUGAUGGUGAUUUCGAACAAGAUUUCCAACUGCCCGCAAACGGGGAACCCCUCAGACUUUCUGCUCGCAAAGAAAUCCCACGGACACCCGUUAGUAUCCAGGACGAUCUUGACGGAUGGGGAGAGGGCGGAAGCUUGGGCACAAGACAUGGAGGAACGAAGCGGGGAGAUGGGCGCUCGAAUAGAAGCUCCUCGGCCUCUGCUCUGAGCCCAAGCGUUUCAAGCUCGCUGACAGUAGAGAGCGAGGAUGAAGGCCUCGACGGGCUCAUUCUGCCUACCGGUCCAAUCCACUUCGACGAUAUUCUGAAGAAGAGGCAACAAGACCGAUCUCCAGAUCAUCAAUCCAACGAGAAGCAGGCGGCAAAGCGUGCAGAAGUCAAGGAAGAUUUCCUUUCCGGUCUUGAAAUUGGAGAUGGAGAUGUGUUCGAUUCGAGCAAGCUCACUCUCAAUCGGAAUAUCAAGAUGAAGACAACUCGUCAGACCAGUCCGACCAGGCCAAAAACAGCUGUCUCAUUAACUUUCACCAACAAACCUACUCCAUCGACGACGACUGCUGUUCACUCAUUACCUCCAUCGACGCCACGCCGACGGGAGCUAGCAUCUAAACCAUCGAUCACGGGUCUUCGUAAUGAACCUACAACGACCAAUGCUCAGCUAUUGAAGCUUAAGCGAUCGAUGCCUUCCAUGAGAUCUUAUCCCCAAUCGCCAGCAAAGCCAAUGCUGUCGCGAUACGAGAGACCGCCGUCACGUACUGACGGAAGUAGACCUCACUCGGUGUCUCGACCCAAAACCCCUGUCGAACGAGAUCGUUCUGGGGCUGAAUCAAGCAUGUCUCAUGCUAGAAAGAAUCCCCUGCCUUUCCUCCCAGCUGGUGGAUCUCAGUCUACAUCACACCAUGUUACCAUCAAGACUUCCCGUCAUUUCCGACGUCAUGAUUCCGAGUCCUCAUCUACCAGUAUUGAUCUUCGUCCCUCUUCGCGGGCCGUGUCUAGGUCGACGAUGAGGUCUCCUAGCCCGAGGCAAAACCCUAGAGGCGCCGAAGUCUUGGCUCGUGAAGCUGCUGCGAGGCGGCCACUGACGAAGCCAUUACGGCGGAGGCAUUUCGGAGAUGGUUUUGAACUGGACGGCUUUGACGACUUGCCUACUUCUCGAGACUCGGAACAGAAGUUCAUCAAAGAGCCAAUUGGUCGAGGCCCACCUAAAGUUUCUGGUCUUCGUACCAAGAUUCAUCAAGAUUCGUUCCCAUCGCGGACGGGCACACCUGCUCCACUUACUCCUUACUCCCCUGCGAGAUCAAGAGAUGAACUCCCUCGAUUCGCUCGUGAUACCAACGCAAGCCGUAUGGCCCGGGAGCAUGUACUCGCACAACGCGCCCCUUCAGGCCAAGGUGCUCCUCUCGCAGCGCUCACAAACCAGUGGAAGGCCAAGGUGUCAGCAACGACUGGCUUAAGUACUAUACACGCCCAAUCUGUCAAGCCAAAGCGCAGCAAAGGACCGCCUCAGAAACCGCAAUUGAUCAAGCCCCUAGGAAAUCUCAACAAUCCGAAAUCCGUCAAGGGAAUGUACUACAACCCCUACACUUAUCGGUGGGAAGGCAACGAGAACGACCUUACACCCUUUGACGCACCCGCUUCAUCUCCAUCUACUGCGUCGGUACCAUCACACAUGUUCCGUGAGAAGGAGAAUACCACACCCCGCCCUGCUCUCAUCCAGAACGUCAACUCUUCCCAAAACGUUCAAGUGGUUGGCGGCAUGGUAUUUGAUCCUCAACGCAUGUGCUGGCUCAAGUUACCUGCAGCUCCUCAGAACAACAGGAGUGAGCCAGGCGACACCAUAGAUAGGUUCGACGCUUUUGAUGAUGAGGAAGAUGUCUUCAAGGAUGUUCCAGAUCUUGAAGAUGCUCCAGCAAAGGAGGCUGAUGAAGUCGGUGGCAGGAAGAGCGACGGUGCAAGUGGCUUGAAAGAUGACUGGCUUGUGGGCGAGGAGUUCGACGUUGGUCCCGAGUUCGUAAGACGACAGAGAGAAGAGGAAGAGCGGUGGAGGAGAAAGUGCGAGAAAUGGGUUGGAGCUGGUCUUGACAGAGGCGGCGAUGAAUGGAGGUGGAGCAUACGAGACGUAGUUAACCACUAGUGUGCUCAUCAAAAGCGGGUUGACUUUACAUACGGAUUUUGAGGUACACUGUGGCGUGUGCCAUGAUUGUCGAUAUAUACACACCUCCGAUGGAAUGGAUUUUUAGAGGAACAAAAAGGAUUCGGUAGUAUCCGUGGGAGGCGCUUCGGGAUAUUAGUCCUUGGAUUAGAUAUGAUCUGGUAUCAAUUAGAUACUUGCAUGAAUGUCACGAGGUUAUGAUAUCAUCCUGUUCUGGUUGCUCUUUCAUUCUCCCCGUUUCAUCUUAUGUCCUCCGGGU